UCUUAUUCUUGGUGAUAACGAAAUCUUAAUAUUUUCCUGAGUGUAAGAUAAAUCGGGCAUCUUGAUACCAAUAUUACCCAAACAAUUUGAUUUUGUGUUUGCAUUUCUAUAGGAAGGAUUAAAAUGCUACCCCAAGGAACUAUUUAGAUCGAUUUUGUCCCAUUUAAGGUUCAUUUUGAUUACAAUUCACUCACAUACAUGCUAAUAUCUAACUUGAAUACCGGCAGGAGCGGGGCUUAUAUCUAUGUCUGAGUGACAAAGACUUAUGCAAUUGACAACAUGACAAAAUAUUAUUGCAAAUAUUAAAAAGGAAUAUCAACCUGUUUGUAUGUUUAAUCUAUCCUCUAGUUUGAUUUAUACUUACACAUAAAUCUAGAAGGUCACGCAAUCUUUCCAGGGAAUGUGCAUAUUUGGAAUAGUUCGCACACGGUAUCCGCCUCUAAGGCCAAUCUUGCAUUUUCUUGCUUCAUGCCGAUAGUGAAAGCCGUUGUUUGCACUUAAAAUGAGCCCUGUAAUUUUUACACAAUUAAAAAUGUAGCCCAAAUAAUUUGACAAAAGCUAGCGAUCGGAAGACUAACAUCAAUCUUGUGUAAAAAUUCACACAAAAAAUUAAACAGAACACGUCGGACGCUCUGCAACGAUGGGAAACCCUUGAUCGACAAUAUUUAUUUUGAUUUCGAUGUCAUGCCGCUCUUUUUUGACGCUUGUACUGAAAUUUAGAAAUACGUCCUAUAGUCUGCAUUGUACUUUUUCUUGUUUGUAGUACAUCAUCACAUACCUUCCUUAAAUAGAAAAUGUAUGCUAAUCGGGGCACUAAAACAAAUACUUGUUCGAGGGGUAGAAACCAAACUCGCAUCUCUAGGCGUUUGAAAUUCGGUACACGCAAAGGGUUUGUAUUUUGUAAAUAAAAUAUUUUAGAUCUUUGUCACGGUUUGAAAUGUCACGGUUUGAAAUCGUGGGUUACUACACUUGCGUAAAUGUCUUGAAAUAGAAGGUUGUGCAUGUUUGGCAGUAGAUAACUUUUAACAUUGUAUAAGAGUCGAUUGGUUGUCGUAAGAUAUUCCAUAUAUAGCUAACCAAAGCAGUGCCCGAACAAACCAGCGUGGGUGUUCGGUAUUAUGGUCCCAGAGUGAUCAACGCGCGUUCUAGGCACAGUCUCUUCGGAGAGUAAGCGCAACGUCUACUUUCAUUUGGAUGAUGAGGAUGUUAAUUUCAGUUCAUAUAUAUAACAGUGACUGACUGAAUGUUGCUUCGUUCUUGGAGUGUCCGUUGUGAAGUUUGGAUAUUUAACAGUUGUUCGUGUUUGUAACCAGUCUCUGUGAUGGCCAGAUCCAGGCGCUGUUCGCGUCUAAGGCCGCUCCACUGUGCCCUGUUGCUGAGAUGAUUUCACAAACUAGAGAGACAAACACACCUUAUUACUGUUCCAAUGACCGUGCAAUGGUUGCUUCUCCGCCUGCUCUAAAGGUACAAAGCAAGAAUAAUACGAUUCGCCUUUUUCUGUGUGUCAUGAUGAUAAGUUGUACCAGCGCUUUUCCAAGUCCAUUUGUUAAACAAGAUAACAACAGAACUGUCGUCAUGUUUCGCAACCAGAUCUGUAAACCAGUAGACCCUCAACAUUUAACGCAGAGAAUGGGUGAAUUCUUUGACAGUUCUAAGAUGGCCUUGGAUGAGGCUACCGUCAAACGCAGUAUAGACGAUGAUUUACUACAAAGUGACGACCCCAACGUGGAUGAUGAUGGAUUAUACUCAGAUGAUGAUUCUGACGACGACGAGGAUAUGAGUGAUAAAAAACAGUCGAGUAGUGAUAAAACUAAUUACAUUCAUAAAUACACAGAGGAUCCGAAUCACCCGGAUUAUCUCAAGUCCAUGCAGUUUAUGCGGCGGAAAAGGGAUACUGACAGAUACCGGAGUGUAGACGAAUUCAAAUCUCAGUAUCAGUUAUUAAUGGAAUCAAAAGCAAAGAGAAAACAAUUUAAAAGAUUCAUUAGGAAAUCAAAAAAAUUAAAACAGAAAAAGAGAUUGCCAUGGACAUGUAAGACAAAGAAGGUGUGGUUAAAAAUGGAAGAGGGGUAUUUUCCCAGUUAUAUUCGGUCGGCACAGUGUAAAUCUAAAAAGUGUUUUUUCAAUUACAAUGAGUGUAUUCCAAGGAAAUACACCGUCUCCAUUCUCAAACGAGAUCCAAAUAACUGCAAUCCGGUUCCCAGUUAUGGACAUAACACAACAUACGAGGAACGGUGGUUUUUCGAUAAGUUUCACGUGACCGUGUUCUGUGAAUGUGGAGUUGGUUCAGGACGACGUAGGGGCAAAGGCCGGAAACCACGGUCGUGAAAGUUAGCUUUAAUGUGCAUUCCACGUGCCAACAUUCCGACGGACCAUUGUAUCCGACUGUGAUAUUUGGGCGCAUUUGGUUCCCGAAAGAAAUCCAAACUUUAAAACUAUUUGACAUUAACCCUUUAUUAAUGUGCAAUUUUCUUAUUGGAUAUAGUGUAUGUGAAUGUUGUAUGUUUUGUAUUUAUUAUUCAAUAUUGUGAGGUACUGCCAGACAUGGACAUUCCCCACAGUUUCACAGACGCUACGAAAUCCAGAAAUGUGAGGCAUGUGUGCUUCAGAAUCUUGUCAAUUGUGUUCAUCUUGAAUGUGGCCAGUGCGACGCAAAAAGGUGUAAUAUUCGCCUUUUAAGAAAUGACUAACUGUGUUGGUUUCACGUUUUCCUAAACAGAAUCCCGAAACAAUGGCAAUGGUCAGUGAACUGCUGAAAGCCACGUAAGACUGUGACAAUAGUUUUAAAGAGCCAACACUUGAAAGUGCAGGGAAUUAAUGUAUAUUAAUGAAUAUAAUUGUUAAAUCUAUUUAAAUUAUUUGUUGUAUUUCUAAAAUAAUACAAAAUAACAAAACCUGAAA